AUGAACGAGACGAUGCUUCCAUCAGCUCUCCCAAAGAAAGCAUCACAGCAUGCAGACUCAUCCCCGUCACAAUCAAAGAGCCAAAUACCCAAAACCAACCCGCGACAAGAUGUGGCUGAAGAAGAGCAUGAAGAGGAAGAUGUCGUGGUCAUGCACACUGAGGAGGAUGCUUCUGGCCUCACUGGCUUGGAUGAGGAAAUUAACGGCACGGCCAACAGCGGGGAAUCGAGAGAUCCUGUCGAGCAGCCUAACCCGGAUAAAGGUGAUGCCCCCAGAGACCCCAAAGUCUCCGCAGAGGGUCAGGUGUCCAAAGGCCCUGCCGCCAACAACAACACGCCUACUUCGUAUCAGAUCCCGGUGCAAGAUUAG